AUGUCGCAGUCCCCAAAAGAGCCCGAAGAGGUCGAGCCGGCCACGCAGACGCCGGACGACAAUGAACCUCAGCAGCCGAACGAUCAGAACGAAGGAGAGAUGAGCAUGCGACCCGAAGACGUUGGCUAUGAUUUUGAGGUUAAGGAGCAAGAUCGUUGGCUUCCCAUAGCAAAUGUCGCCCGCAUCAUGAAGACUGCAUUGCCCGAGAAUGCUAAGAUUGCCAAAGAGGCCAAGGAGUGCAUGCAAGAGUGCGUGAGCGAGUUCAUCUCAUUCAUCACCAGCGAAGCAUCCGAAAAGUGCCAACAGGAGAAACGCAAGACCGUCAACGGCGAGGAUAUAUUGUUUGCCAUGACCUCGCUCGGAUUCGAGAACUAUGGCGAAGCGCUGAAGAUCUACCUUGCGAGGUACCGAGAGAACCUCGUUGCCCGCGGUGAACACACCAAACCACCAGCAGGCGGCAAUGGCGGGGGCGCCAAUCCUACAGCCUCACCGUAUGACAGUGCGAGUAACAACCACAGUGUCAUGAGUAACCCCAUGGACGGUUCAGCGGAAGGUGUCCAAGAUUUUGCCUACGGCCCUCCUGGAGACUCUGGCGGAUUCUAG